GCUGCGACAGCCGGGCGGGGCCGGCGCUCUCGUGUUCUCGCCCUGCGGGCGGGAAGGAGGAGCCGCCCGGGAGCGGGAAAACGCUCCCCGCGGAUUGGAGGGAAACCGUAGCUUUGCUUGUUGCUAUCGGAGCUUCCCCGUGCCCGAGCUGAGGUUGCUGAAGCCGGGCAGUGCCUCGCCCCCGCCCCCGCCCCGCUCGCCGGGUUUCGUUUCCCAGGGGAGGCGCGCUGCUUGGAAGAGGAACUCUCCUGAAGCAGAGGCGGGAACGCCGCUGCUCGCGGGGCCGCGCUCGCCGUCUCGCAGGUGCGGGAAGGGAGCAGCGGCCAUGGACCCCGCGGGCGGCAGAGGGGCGCGGGCCAGGCGGGGGACGCGUCCCGCGGUUCCGCGGAGCCGGGGCGCGGAGAAGGGCGCGGAAAAGGGCGCAGCCCGAAGCCCCGAGCGGGGCCGCGUUGCGGGUCAAAGCUCGAACGGCGCCGCGACCCCCCGGGCACCGCGGACGGACGCACCGCCCGCCCGGGGCAGCCGCUCGGCGCGGCGAGCCCCCGCUGCCCGGGAGCUGCCGGCGGGCGGGGCGGCGAGCGGCGCAGAGGCGUUCCUGGCCCCGCGGAGCAGGGCGCCGGCCGCCAGAGCCUCCGCGACCCCGCGCAGCGUCGCGGCGGUGCCCGACGGGGCGGACGCGGCCCCCGCCCGCCGCCCCCCGGCGGACGCCUUGCGGCUCCGGGAGGUGCUGUCGCGGCUCAGCCUGGCCCGCGAAGAAGUGUCUGGGGCGUCCACCCUGGUGAACCGGGUCGUCUCGCACCUGAUCCAGGCCAUCCGCGGCAAGGACAGCUGCUUCAGCUCCAUCGAGCCGCAGAACGCCGGCAGCUACUACGAGCGCGUCAAGAUAUCCAAACCAAAUGAGUUUGACAUCAUGCUUGUAAUGCCUGUUGAGAGGAUUCAGCUGGAUGAGUCUGAUGAUACUGGAGCCUUUUAUUAUGUAUCAUUCAAAAGAAUUCCAAAAGGAAAGGGUUGGCUGAAGUUUUUAGAGGAAGAUGGAAAAUUAUCAGCCUUUGAAAUGCGUGAAGCACUAAGAGAAAUUAUUAAACAGGAAGUAAAAACCAUUAAAGAUGUGGAAGUCACUGUGGCAAGGAAAAAGCCUGGAUGCCCUGCAAUAACUCUUCAGAUCAAAAAUCCUCCAUCAGAAAUAUCACUGGACAUCAUCUUGACUUUGGAGGCUAAGGGGAGCUGGCCCAUCAGCACACGGAACGGCCUCAAAAUUGAACAGUGGCUGGGAACAAAAGUCAGGAAGAAUAUGAGAUUUAAAUCACCUUAUUUAGUAGCCAAGCAAAACAAAAGCGAAAAAGUUCUAAGAGGGAACACCUGGCGACUCUCCUUCUCGCAUAUUGAAAAGGAAAUUAUAAAGAACCACGGCAACUCAAAGACAUGCUGUGAAUCCGAUGGACCAAAGUGCUGUAGGAAAGGUUGUCUUAAGCUGCUGAAGUAUCUUCUAGAGCAACUUAAAAUGAAGUAUCCAAAAGAAUUGGAAAAAUUCUGUUCAUAUCAUGUCAAAACUGCUUUUCUCCACUCCUGUGUCAUGUGGCCAAAUGACUCAGACUGGCACUUGGGAGACUUGGAUCAUUGCUUUCAGCGCUGUCUGGAAUUUUUUGUGGAUUGUCUGCAAAAGUCUCAGCUGACUCACUUUUUUAUUCCCCAAUACAACUUGCUUAGCCUAGAAGAUAAGUCAAAACAUCACUUCCUUUCAAGAAAAAUAUGCCAUGAAUUGAACAAUGGAUUCCCAGUAUUUCACGAGAACUAUUAAGGACAUUGUUCACGAUCGACAGCUAAUCAUGUUGACUUGCAUAUUUAAAACAAAAAAUUCUGCACCAUAAACUACUCUUCAGUUGUCUGGUACUACAAAACCAAAAAAAACCCAAACGAAAAUAAAAUCAAGAACACCAAAAUAAAAAUUCACACUUCAGUCACACUGCUUAGCUACAA